AUGGGAGCGUUUCUGGUGAUAGUAAAUCCAGAAAAGCACUGUGGACACACAAUGCAUACGGCGUAUGUAGGCAACUUACAGACCCAGUUUUACCGUCGAUUCUUCAUCAAUUCUAACUAUGGUGGAUGUUGCUGUGAUAAAGGCUGGUUGUUUGUAUCCGAUAUAUACAGCUACGGGCUUUGUGACUGGGAACACUUAUACCUACCUCAGAAACCGUUUAUUAUCUUCAGUCCGCAAACUACAAGCAGUCAAUAUUCAAAUGACAGAAAUGAUAUUCUUGCAGACACCUUGGCAAUAUUUGUUAAACUUGAUUCCUAUGAAUGUCCCGUGGUACAAUCACCACCAGUACAAUUAAAUGAAAAUACCUACUGCUAUUUACCUCAGAACAGCGGUUCUGUACCAGAAACUACAACCGAAAUUGCGGUUGAGCAGACUACAAUGGCCGAAAGUGUUCUCCAAGAUAAAGUAGCUAAGCUUAAGCAAGAACUUACUGUUACACCAAAAAGUACAAAAAAGUACUUCAGAUCGAUAGUGAGUGCUCCUGACGAAAGGUACUCAUCCAAAGCCUUAGGUUUACUCGGAGGAGUUAUUAUUUCUGUUGUGAUUUCAUUCUUUGUGUUUCUAGACAUCAUGGGAUGUUAUCCAGAGAUACUCAAUGAUCAAUAG